UGUAAACAAACUAGCGGAAGGCUUGUCUAGGACACCAAGGAUGUGUUUUUGUAACGUGUAAAAACUGAACGUGAUUAGUGGGACACUAACUGGAACAUUAAACAGCUCGUUUUGUUUUGCGUCUGUUUGUUUCUCCUACUGUUAAAGGUAUCAUGUGUCCAGCAAUGGAGACUGACCCUGAAACUGAGGUUUUUUAUGACCCCUAUGAGAGCUUCAUGCAACACCACCUUCAACACUAUGGACUUUUCACUGGGAAGAACUCUGGAUACCAGAAAAGUUUUCGCUACAUCGUAUCAGAAAACAGCUCUCCGGACAGCAAUGAUUCAGACGUUGAUGCUGAUCACAAGGAAGGACAGAAGAAAACACCCUAUUCCCUUGUGCUGGAGCGAGCCCUGUUGAGGACAAGGCAGCUUGUGUUUGAUUUCCACGGGGGCAAGCAGGUUCCACGAUUACGAGAGCCACGCAAUCUGUUCGCCAUGCCGACCAGGAGCGGCCCACUGCAGCCCAUCCAUUGGCCAAUUGAGUGUGAGGUCAUCAAGGACAAAAUAGAACACAUAGAAUGGGUGCCCCCAGAGCCAGAGACGUUUUACCAGCUGACGGGCUAUGAGCGAACCCCAAUGUGUGUGGGAGAUGAAAGAGGCAAUACCGUUUACUCCAUAGACUCAGCCAUGAAGAGUUUUUAUUUUACCUUUUCCCGUAUUGGAGGCUGCCGAGGACCAAUUAAGGACGCCGUCAGUCCCAAGGGAAAGGACGACAGCAGCCUGGUGUUUGAGUCCAGGUUUGAGAGUGGGAACUUGCAGAAGGCAGUGCGGGUCAGGGGUCAGCAUGACUAUGAGCUGACACUCCGGACUGACCUCUACACCAAAAAACACACGCAGUGGUACUACUUCCGGGUUCAAAACAUGAAGCCGGGCACGACUUACAGGUUCACUAUCGUCAACCUGAUGAAAUCAAACAGCCUGUACAACCUGGGCUUGAAGCCGCUGCUGUACUCUGAGCGGGAGGCCCAUAUCAAGAAGGUGGGCUGGAAGAGGACUGGCAGCAACAUCAAAUACUACAAGAACCAGAGUGGGCAAGACGGGCAGGACCUGUACUCCCUGACGUGGACUUGCCAGUUCCCCCACGAAAACGACACCUGUUAUUUUGCACACUGCUACCCAUACACCUACUCAGACCUGCAGCGCUACCUUGCAGAAGUUUCCAGCGACCCUUUGAAGUCCCAGUACUGCAAGUUUCGGGUGCUGUGCAGGAGCCUGGCUGGCAAUGUUGUUUAUAUCCUGAACAUCACGUCGCCAUCAUCGCCCCUGCAUGCCAAUGCGGUGAAGAAGGCGGUGGUGGUAACCGCCCGGGUGCACCCUGGAGAGACCAACAGCUCGUGGAUGAUGAAGGGCUUCUUGGAUUUCAUCCUGGGUGGCUCGAAUGACGCCCAGCUCCUGCGGGACAUGUUUGUAUUUAAGGUGGUCCCCAUGCUGAACCCAGACGGCGUGAUCGUGGGGAACUAUCGGUGCUCACUAGCCGGGAGGGACAGGAUGCUGGCACAGGUGGACAACCAGGAAUUGCUAGUUGCUGAAAAAGAGGUUGUUCUGUACUGCGAUUUCCAUGGGCACAGCAGAAAGAACAACGUCUUCAUGUAUGGAUGCGACAAUAAAAAUGCCCCCUCACUGCGGCUUCACGAGCGAGUCUUCCCACUCAUGCUGAGUAAAAAUGCAGCGGACAAGGGUAUGAUUGCGCUUCGCCGAGGAGCCACUGAACUGAACCAUGAGGAUUACAUGGAGGGUAUUCUAGAGGUCCAGGCCAAGAAGAAAGCCAACCUGCAGUACUACGCUUGA